GAGAUUGAUUUUGAUCAUUGAGAGUGCAAGACAAAAUAACCAGAGGAAAGAAGGGAAUUCGAAUCACGCAAAGGAGGCCAGGUAUCUUCUACCUCCGCUUUUCUUCUUCGAGAGUCUACCGGUCGAAUAUGACGCUCUUUACAGGAGAGGUUGCUCCAUUGAUUUUUAGCGGCGAUACAGAAGGUCUAACACAGGGUCAAGGGCGAACCAGAGAUUUGCAAACUCUGAGGAGAGCUUUAAUGAGGGUAUCAAAAUUUUAAUUGGAAUCUGACAGAAAUUGGCUGACUAAUGCAGGAAUGGCUUUAUCCAUGAGAAGAACUUUUUUUUUGAAACCAUUCUCUAACUCGAGCAAUUUGUCAUUAACUUGCUCAACUCUAAGGCUACUUCAUGUGGGAGAAUUGUAUACUUGUGAUAGGACAAGUAUGAAUUCUGUAAAAGGAACAUCUAGCACUGUUCUGCUUAGAAAUCUUGAUUCAGCUUUGAAGAGCCAUCAAAUUCAUAAAGCUUGGGAAUCUUACUGUGAUUACAGAAAACUCCAUGGUUUUCCCGAUUUCACUGUCAUGAAUAGAUUUCUGUUGGAAAUAUCCUACACAUGCAAUACCCAUUGGCUUCAGAAAGCAUAUGAUGUUGUCAAUGCACUUAUAAAAGAGAGAAAACCCAAUUUACUUGAGCCUCAUUUACUUAAGAAGCUCUGUUUGUCCUUUGCAAGAGCUCAAAUGCCCAUUUCUUCAACCAUGGUUCUCAGGUUGAUGUUAGAAAGACAUAAUCUUUCUCAUAUUAAUAUCUUGAAGCUUAUCUUCAUGCAUAUGGUGAAGACGGAAGUUGGUACAAGCCUUGCAUCCAAUAGCUUAAUCCUUAUAUGUGAAAGUAUCCAUCUUUCUAAUCAAAAGCCAAUAAAACCCGACACAAUGAUGUUUAACAUCAUCUUGGAUGCUUGUGCAGUUCAUGGUUUACCCUUAAAGGGUAAACAAAUUAUAGAAUUGAUGGCUCAAAUGGGUAUUGCAGCUGAUGCGUAUUCUAUUAAUCUAAUCGCGAGAAUUCACGAACUGAACUAUCAGAGGGACGAGCUCAAGAAAUUCAAAUACCAUGUUGAUCAAGUUUCAGGUACUUUUCUUCUUCGUCACUAUAACCAGUUCUAUGAUAGUCUGCUAAAUUUGCAUCUCAAAUUUAAUGAUGUCGAUUCAUCCUCUCAACUCGUAUCUGACAUGUAUGAAUGUAAGCGUUGUAAUCUUAGCGACUCUAAAGGAACAAGAUUUGUAGCAAUGGGAUCUCAUAAUAUGAAGGGAGGAUUGAAAUUACAAUUAUCUCCCGAGUUAAUGCAGAAAGAUACGAUUCUUGUAUCAGAACAUAAAGAAGAGCUUUUUUCUUUUAAGUCAGGGAAGCUUACCCUAACCGACAAAGGAAUGGCCAAGCUCAUCUUGUUAUACAAGAAAUGUGGAAAUAUCAGUGAACUGUCAAAAUUUAUAACUGUCAUUUGUAUGAAACUCAGCUCCUCAGAAGCAGAAACCUUUGGCGGUAAAGUAAUCGAUGCUUUAGCCCAGUUGGGGUGGCUAGAGACAGCUCAUGACAUUUUGGAUGACAUGGAAACUGCAGGAGUACCCUUGGGGCAAGAUUCAUAUGUUUCGGUAUUGAGGGCAUAUUAUGACAGAAAAAUGCUUAGAGAGGCAGAUGGGCUUUUAAGACAAAUAAGGAGAUCUGAUCGACUUAUGAAGUUCCCUGACGGGUCAGGCAUCAUUUCGUGUCUCACCCAGCUUGAAAACGAGAUCAGAAUGCAAAAGAGUUCAGAUUUGGCCGAGGCUUUGGUUCUGGAAAUGAAAGAAGAGGAGAAUGAUUUGCCUUCCAUUGUUCAUGAGCUAAAUUCUUCCAUCUAUUUCUUUUGGAAGGCAAAAAUGGUGAGUGAUGCUACAAAGACUUAUCAAAGAAUGCAAGAGAUGGGAAUUCGGCCAACUUUACAAACGUAUGCGAAUAUGGUUAAUGGGUAUUCAUCUUGUGAAAUGUACAGAGAGAUUACUAUCAUUUGGGGCGAUAUUAAGAGGAGUAAGGAGAAUCGGAACGUAGUCACGAGCAAAGAUUUACUUGAGUUGUUGAUUCUAAAUUUCAUUCGAGGUGGUUAUUUUGAAAGGGUAAUGGAGAUCGUUGAGGUUAUGAAGGAGCAUGAGAUGCAUGCAGACAAGUGGUUGUGUAAAAAUGAAUUCUUGAAGUUUCAUAAGAGCCUUUACAGAAGUUUAAACGUUAGAAAUGCCACAACUGAGGCUCAAAGCAACAGGAUUGAACUUGUUAGGGCAUUUAGGAAGUGGGUUAGCAAUUGAGAGGAAUAUUAUGAGAGUUUUCAUCCCAUGUAAACGUUUUUGAACAAUUGGGCUAAGUCAGCAUGAAAUGUUUUCGUUGAAUUCAUGCCCAUGCAGAUACAACAAGACACAAUGGUAGCUCUCAUCCUCUACUCUUCACACUGCUCAUGAAUAGAGGCUACAAACACCUUUCGACCAUCUAUCAGCUCCUUCUUGUGCAAGUUCACCACCAGGUUCCACUCUCUCUCUCUCUUUUUCACAAUUCUACAGGUGUUAUGAAAUAUGUGCCUAAUGAGUUCUCUCAACAUGAUUUAACUCGAAUUUUUUACCGUUUUUGUUCUAAGUAAACAAGUUUCAACAAUUUUUAUGUAUACUUCUUAGAUCUCUAUUAGUCUAUAUGUUCAGGCAUUGCUUGUUUGUUGUAUUUUUAUUUGACAGAGCCUAUUUGUAAACAAGUGUUGUUUUUCACAAUCUCUUGUCACAUUGGAAAAUUGCAAAAAAUAAAGAUAUAUAUCGAAAUUGGUUUUCU